UCUUGAAUUCUUGUGGAUAUCCAGACGCUUAAUCUUGUUUUUCGAUGUGCUUUGUGCAUAUAUUUUGGGCUACAUUUGACUUGAAUUUGUUACUGCGUAUACCAUUUGAAUCUUUCAUGCUUAUAAUUUUCCCUUUUGUUUAUAGAUUUUGGAGCUCUUACUUUAAAAAAAGAAAAAAGAAAAAAGGAUUUAUAUGUUUUGGAGAUAUGGAGCAUCUUCCUGUUGAAGUUGUUGGAAACAUACUGUCUAGUCUCGGAGCUGCCCGAGAUGUGGUAAAAGCUUCUGCAACUUGUUCAAAAUGGCGAGAAGCUUACCGCAAACAUCUUCACACACUUUCAUUCAAUUCCAGUGAUUGCCCUGUUUAUCGUCAUUUGCCAAGUAGUCAUCCAGAAAUCUUGAUAACUAAAACCAUAUUUCAAACAAGGGGAUUAGAAGUACUAUAUAUUCUGAUAGAUGCUGUUGAGUUCUCGGCUGCCACCGUCACUUGUUGGCUCAUGUAUACUAGGGAAAAAUUGCGGCGAUUGUCCUAUAAUGUUCGAACUACUCCAAGUGUAAACAUACUUGAAAUAUUUGGCGGGCAUAAGUUGGAAAGUUUGGUCAUGGCACAUAAUUCCAUUAGUGGGGUUUAUAAAAGAUUUCCUUGUUUGAAAUCCCUAUCUUUAAGCUAUGUUAAUAUUUCACCAUCGGAUUUAAGUCUUCUUCUCAUUGCCUGCCGGAAAAUUGAAACCUUGGAACUUGUCGGUCUAGAGAUGGCAACGUCAGAUGAAGAAUUGACAGUUGAGCUGAUCAGUCCCACAUUGAAGAGUCUUUAUGUUGAAGCAAUCAGCUUGGAUAAUCUUAUAUUGGAGGCAGAUAGCAUUGAGCAUUUGAACAUGAAACUUUGUGCCAUUGAGGAUUUCGAAAUUGUCGGAAAGGGGACUUUAAAGCAGUUCAAGGCUGAUGAUGUUACUUUGUUCCAUCUUGAUACUGUUGCGACUGCAGAAAAUCUUGAGAAUGUAGAUAUCAGAAGGUUCUCAUUAAGUUGGCCAAAGUUCUACAAUAUGAUCUCAAGAUCAUCAAAAUUAAGAAGACUUCGGCUUUGGGAUAUGGUGGUUUUUAAAGAAGAAGAGAUUGUGGAUAUGGACACAAUUGCUGUUAGUUUCCCACUGCUGACCCACUUUUCAUUGUGUUAUGAUUUAAGAGUUGGAGCUGUUCACCAUGUUCUGCAAGGAGGGUCUUCUCCGUUGGAAAAUUUGACUGUGUUGGAGCUUGGUUGGAGUACUAUAAUUGAUGAUUUCUUCUCGUGUUGGGUUGAGAGGAUGGUGAGUCGAUGCCCAAAUCUAAAGAAGUUGGUCAUUCGUGGGUUCAUUCCAGAGGUCAAAAACCCUAAGAAAUGCCAGAUGCUGUCUAAUUUCACGUCUUCCAUUGUUGAACUCAUGAAAAAAUACAUUGAUUUGGAGGUGCAAUUUUAUUACGAGUAGAACUCUGCAAAAAUCCGUAGUUGGAAAUCCAUUUUUGGCUCAAUUCUGUCGUGUACAGGAUGUAUAGGAGCAUAGGUACAUUUUACAUCAUG